AAUGUACCGAUCGAUAUAGAGUAAAAAGGAAGGAGACAUUUUAGGGGGCACGAACAUGCAGGCUUCGGAGAAAGAUCAAAUGCAUUGAAAUUUUCUUCUCAAUUCUUGUAACAGGUUGCUAUAGCUUCAACCGUAGGUUUUUGUCUCUUUUCAACAUGGGGGCGAGAGACUGUGCGAAAUGUUUCCUGUUCGUGUUCAACUUGUUAUUUUUUAUUGCCGGAGUGGCCGUGCUAGCCGUAGGUGCUUACUUAUACAGCCGUGAGGGUCCCUUCGCGACCCUUCUUCCCAGUUUCCCCUUCCUCAAUGUGACCACUCUUACCAUGGUCGUGGGCUGCAUCAUCAUGGCCGUGUCUUUCCUGGGUUGCUGUGGCGCCAUCAAGGAAAGCGAGUGCAUGCUGGCUGCCUAUUUUAUCAUAAUGGUUGGCAUCUUGACCGCGGAGAUGAUAGCUGGCGGGCUAGGCUUUGCCAACAGGAAAGAGGUGGAAGCUUUCAUCGAGCAGGACAUGAGCCAUAAUGGGCUGCCGCUGUACGGCAAGGCGGGCCAACACGGCCUGACGUCGGCCUGGGAUCGAUUGCAGACCUCGUUGUCUUGCUGUGGCGUCAACAAUUCGGCCGACUGGAGCCGCUUCCACCCCAGUAUGAGCCAGCCUGGGGAGACGCCCGAUUCCUGCUGCGUGGAUCAUCUCUUCACGGGCUGUGGCAGGGAAGCUGUCGUUAGCAAGUGGCAAAAGGGAUGCAAAGAUGCCCUAAUUGCCGACAUACGGAGUCACGUGGGAUAUGUGGCGGGAAUCCUAAUUGGUGUGGGAGUGUUUCAGGUUCUGGGCAUUGUCCUGUCCUUCAUUCUGUGUUGCUCCAUCCGAAAAGGCUAAGCCGACCGGUCAGGUCGCCAUGGAACCGGCCACAAAGUGAUGAUUUUAUCCGGAAUCUGAUGACUGAACUAUAAAACCGCGAUGAGGAUUUUCUUUUGUUCCAAACGCAUUUUUCUUCAAACCAUUUCACAAUACAAACAUAGAUUAGGGGGCAUGCGCAUUUUGUCCCGGCAAGGAUUCCCAAAACCACAUAUUCCCUUGUGGUUGAAAAAGCAGGCAUACUUUGCAAAUUUCCGAUUCAUUUGUAAAUAAUUAUUUGUAAAUAGAACUUAGUCUCGUAGGUCUAGUUAUUUUAAUCCAGAAAUUCUGGGGUGUUUUUUUUUUACAGUUUUAUAAAAUGUAUCCUGACUUGAUUGUCAUAAAAUUGUCACCACUCGGUCCAUAAUCCUUUCCGUCUUCCAGACUGAUUUUGAUAUCUUUGUUUGCAUAUGUAAAUUACUCCGUUAUUUCAAAUAAGCCAUUUGCGAGUGACCUAUACCC